AUGUUACCUCCUCCAGUCCAUUCACCAACUAACACGUCAGGCUCUUCUUUGUCCGGUCGGAAGCGCAAGCGACAAGAGGCUUCACCCGGUAGCAGCAUCUACGCGGUAUCAAGCGCGUCCUCAGAAUUCUCUCUGACGGUAAAGAAGAAGGUUGCGCGCAUUACUGAUGACGAGACGUGCUGGCACUGUGGAGCACGUCCGACCGAUCUUUGCCAUGUUAUUGGCAAGAAGGAUCGUGAGUUUCCGCAGCUCGUGCAGCAAGGUUUGAUGACCUUCGACCAUCUCGGAGACAUCGAUAAUGCUAUCCCUCUCUGUCCUACCUGCCAUCGGAAUUUUGACGACAUCAACAAACCCGGCUUGAUCUUCCUUCCAUCGGACCUGCGGUACUUUAUCGAUUUUGAGAAAGAGGACUUCAGAUGUAGAGAAUCACGGGCAAGGGAUACCGGUUCCAUUCCGAAACGAACCUGUCCUACCCCGCAAAUGUAUCUUGAGCAUCAGAUUCGGAAUGGUAUAGUAAAGGAGCAAGAGGGCACACUAGGCGGACUAUACUUGCGAUACACAUUGUACGACUAUUUUCCCAGGCUUGGUCAGAGCAGCGCCUGGAUACCUGGAUUGCGACCCUUUCAAGAACCAGAAUCAUGGCACGGCGCACCAAUGGCUGCGAUUUGGCGGGCGUCUCUAAUCCUUGGAAAUCCGUUAUGCGGUAUCCCGUUCAAGGAAGCAAGACUGCUGGGGGAGUUGCGGGAUUUGUACAAGAGGAAGAUAUCCGUGAGCACCACGGGAACCGGUGCAGCUGUUGGAGGCGACAGGGAGGGUGGCGAACGACAGGAAGACCAUCUUGGUCCCGGUACACACACGGACACCCUGAAUCGAGUGGGUCAGGCUCAAGCUCGGGGCGGAGACAUAACAACGCCGACUGGCGAUACCCAACGGCUAUCAGGCGAAGACCUCAAUGCAAGAGGUGGCGCUGAUGCUUGGGGUAGCACAGUCGACAGUGCCAUAGAUCUGGCGUCUGAUUCUUCGAAGCGGCGAGGGCAAGAGCCCAAGCCAAGUAAGGACUACGCAAGUCGGCAAACCAUAAAACCAAGCGGCACUCCUCCGAAGCAGCGAUUCAUCAAAUCGUGCGAUGUCACUCCGCAGCAGCAACCACAAAUACGGUCGCAGACACAAGCCGAGCCUAGCUUCGACCUUCCAAGGCAUCGACCUCGACCCCACUACACGCCGAAACAACUUUGGAAGUGGGGUCCCUUGUCAAGUAGUAGAGACAAGGUGUCCCAUUUCACGAGAAUGACGGGCUGGAUAAAGGACUAA